AAUUGCUAGGGAAAACAACAUCUUCUGAUUGAUAGAGACAUGAUCGACGUAGCGUCACCGCAAGAUGACUUUAAAUCACAGCAAAACAUGGCCCGUCAGCACCCUGGCAGUGGUGCAGUUAAGGGUGAGCCCCCAGGGCAAAACGUACUCGAAUAUCUUCGAAGACAACGAGGAGAAUCAUCGGGAAACAACCGACGAUCCCAGCGGAAACGACGCUUACUCGAAAGAUACUUCUGAACGUCACGCGAAGGAAACUUCUGAAGAAGACGAUGACAUAAUAAACGACAACGAGGGCGUGUUGCCCUUAUCAAAAAAACACUUGGAGUUAUUUACAAUGUCUUCCGUACCGAUCAGGAGGACGACUAUUAGGACCGAUACGAUUUCCACUAUUCUGGAUCCGGCAGAGUUUGAAGCGGAAAGGAUUGAGGAUGGAGCUGAGCUAAUCAAACCAGACAACCCCGAGAACGGACAUUUGCCAUCGCAAAAGUUUCACGUGUUAGCUCUUACGCGAAUCGAGGAAACAAUCAACGAGUCGGUUUCGGAGAGUCACGUUCACGGCGUGGGUCGCAGACCGAGCAUCAAAGUGGACAACUGGGACUUCAUCUACACGGAGAAGGUGCCCGAUCCCCAGAUCCGAUGUCCCGUUCAUCAUUACAGUCUCACGUCGCCGAACGGUGCCGUCAAAGACACCCUCCUGCCCCCCGAGCUACCGCUGGACGCGCGAAAAACGACCACCCUAAGGAGACACUAUUACCCGGAGGGCGGUUGGGGGUGGGUGGUGGUCGUGUGUGCGGUGUUGGUGCACAUCCUCAACCACGGGGUGCAAUUGGGGUGUUCGCAGCUUGUUAUUCCCGGAGCGGAGAAGUUUAAAGUGGAAACUGUGCAUUUUGCAGGUCAGUGGCACGAUUUAUUCGACUUGAGUGCUCAUUGUUUCUUAGAAAAUAUUAUCUAG